AGCAGCAGUGUGAGCAGCAGGACCAGGGCAGUGCCUGGCCCUGUGCUGGGCACUGCUGAGGCCACACUCGAGUGCUGUGCCCGGCACUGGGCCCCUCGUGAAAAAGGACAUUGAGGGGCUGAGGGUGUCCAGAGAAGGGCAGCAAGGCUCACAAAGGGUCUAGAAAACAUGCCCCAUGAGGAGCAGCUGAGGGAGCUGGGUUUGUUCAGUCUGGAGAAGAGGCUCACGAGGGACCUCACUGCUCUCUCCAACUCCCUGACAGGAGCGUGCGGUGAGGUGGGGCCGCUCUCUCCUGCUCGGCCUGCAGUGAGAACCAGAGGAAGUGGCCUCACGUUGAGAGAAAAUUCAGAUAUGAAAACAGAUCUGAACUUACUGCUUGAAUGCCUUAAAUAUCAGAUGGACUGCCCUCUGUCUCAGAAGGAGGCUUUGAUCACUAUCUAUUCCAUUUGCCAACAAAACAGUGAAGCGAGCAAAUACUUUCGAGAAAUUGGUGGUUUGAUGUUUAUAAAUGACCUUGCCAAGGCGAGUGCUCAUUGCAUCGUAAAGGAAUCAGCUUUAUUUACAUUGGGGAUUAUUAUAGAGAGUGAUGUGUAUUGUCAACAGACUUUGUGUACUUCUGCAUUGUUUGAAGACCUCAUUUUAUUUUUAAUUAAAAAGGAUUCUGGUGUGAACUUGAAAAGAAUGUCUAUUUAUGUCAUCUUAGUACUGGUUUCAAAUAAUAAAAAUGGGCAAACCUGUGUCAGAGAUACAGGCUGCAUCAGCCUGCUGCUGCAGUUAUUCAGAACAACUCUCUCCACCUCUGAGAAGAAUCUGUCAGCUAAAACCACUGAUCCCUGCUAUCAGCUCUGGUCCUCAGUGUGCAGCACUCUCUGUGCCUGUGUCAACAACCCCCAGAACGAAGAUAAUCAAAACAUUUGCUGUUCGGUUUUUCCCUAUGCCAAAGAGUGGCUCGAGAGUUGCACAGAGCCUGAGAUAGUUCGUCCCAUUUGUUCAUUUCUUGGUCUCACAGUUGCAAAUAACUCAUAUGUGCAGAAAUAUUUUGUUUCUAUUGGAGGAUUGGAUACAUUAGCCAAAGUUCUCCUUGAGCUUAUGCAUGAUUCCUGUUUGAGUCACUCCAGCAUGAAACUUGCAGUGGUAGUAACAAAGACUCUGGAUGCCUGCAUUGCUAAUAACUCUGCCAUGGGUGUUGUCUUGGCACAGUAUCACACUGUGUCAGAGCUGCUGAAGCUGCUGUCCAAUUGGACACUGAGCACAGGAGAAAAAAUCAGUAUUAUUCUAACAAUUGGACACUGUACUGAAGUUUGUGGCCUCACUGAAAUGUCGCAUAUCUACUCCAAGAGCAGGUAAUGGAAGAGAAGAAGUACAAGAGUCAUUAUUCAAAUGCUUUAGGCCACAAUUAAAUGAGCUUGGAACUCCAUCAUAUAAUUUGUCUCAGUAGUCAUCCUUCAGUUUUCUUGCAGUAAUCUGAGUUCUGAUCAAAUCAUCCUGUGGGAUGUAAAGCUCUCCUGCUGUCACUGCAGCAGGCUUGGGUCUGUAAUGAAAAUCUCUUUCUACAGAAACUUGCAGAAAGUUGCCAGUAUUGGCUGCUAAAAUUACUGUAAGGUUAAGGUGUGUGGGGCUGAAACCAAACCUUUCCUUUGCCAUGUCCUGUUCUAGAAGAAAACCAGUGUGAGCUGCUUCAGAACAAUGGUCUGCCACUUAUGAUUCAGGUAUUGACAGAAUCUCAGGACGAGGA